CUCUUGUGCUUCCGGCAGACCAUGUGGUUAAGAUGGCGGCUCCCAGUGCUGAGAUACAGUUUGCUCAAAGAUUAGCUGCAAAUGAGAAGAAAAUACGCAAUAAGGCCCUGAAGAAACUAAGGAAAUAUAUCCACUCAAAAUCUGCUGCUAAGCCAGGACUGACAGAGGAGGACCUCAUCAAGCUAUGGAAGGGUCUUCACUACUGCAUGUGGAUGCAAGACAAGCCCUUGCUGCAGGAGGAGCUGGCUGUCCACAUCACCCGCCUUGUCUUCAGCUUCACCAACACUGCGGCAGCCAUGACAUUCUUCAAGGUGUUCCUGGUGACAGAAGCUCGCGAGUGGAACGGCAUCGACAGACAGCGGCUGGACAAGUUUAUGAUGAUGACGCGGCAGAUGCUCCACCAAGUGUUUGUGCUGCUGAGACAGGGUGGAUGGGCGGAGGAGAUGAUCGCCGCCCUGGCAGAGGUGAUGCGUGCGACGACGCUGAGCACGACGUCGGACAGCAUCCCCGACAGUUUCUCCAUGCACCUUGCUGACAUCUACCUGUCAGAGCUGGCCAAGGUUGGAGCCCAGCAGCUGGAUGGUCAGCAGAUCCUGUCUCUCCUCAAAGUGUUUGACGACUACCUGCAGACUGGGAGAAGGCCUCUGGUGCUGAAGAGGAUCAUUGGAAGUGUGUACAACAACGUGGUGGAGCAGACAGCGGAGAGGUUGCGGCGGGAGGGAGAGAAGAAGGAGGAGGCAGUGGAGGAUGGGAUGGAGGGGACAAAGGAUGACUCGGACUCUGGCUACGACGAGGACUCGGAACCCAAACUGAAGUUUGACUGCUCGCUGCUUGCAGAUCAUCUGUUCCAAGUGGGGAGCCAGGAGCGAUGUCGGGGAACAAACAGACAGAUGCUGUACAGGACUGUCAACAGGUUGCGGGAUGCCGCGGCAGGUGCUGUACCGACCGCUGAUGAGGCGGAGGACUACGACCCUGAUGCAGACUUAGAGGAUGCUGUGAUGAGGCUGGUGAAUCUCAAUCCUAAAAAGAAGAAGAAGAAACGCCAGCAAGAAGCAACAGAUAAGGUGAACACACAGGAUAAGGUGAACACACAGGAUAAGGUGAACACACGGGAUAAGGUGAACACACAGGAAGAAGUGGAAGUGGAAGCACAGGACGAAGUGGACGCACAAGAUGAGGUUGCAGGUGAAACAGAAGAAGAUGGCGUCAAGAAAGGGAAGAAGAAACAAAAACGCAAACUCCAGGAAACGGCGUCGGAGAAGAAUGCUUCAAAGAAAGUGAAGUUAACUCCAUCCAGUGAGGCUGAUAAAAAGAUAAAUCUGGAUACAAGCAGUGCUGUGUCAGAAACAGAUUCCCCUAAGAAGAAAAAGAAGAGGAAGAGGAGGAAGAAGAAGGGGGCCCAGUCUGCAGAGGUGGCUGAACAAGGGGGAGAUAAGUCAGUGUCCAAGGGAGGCAACUCCCAAAACGAUGAAAGUUUAGACACUAGCCCACCAAACAAUAAGAGUUGUGAAACUAUUCCCAAGGAACAAGGCAGUUCAAGCAAGAAGUCUAAAAAGAAGAGAAGGUUAAAAUCAACUGAAGAGAAGAAUGAGGAGAAAGAUGUUUCUCCUCCAAAGAAAACAAAAGCAGUGCCUGUGGACGGUAGCGUCAGUAAGCAGCUGUUCAAGGACGAAGGGAAAGAUGGUGAGAACAAAAAUAAAGGAAACAAGAAAAAGUCCAAAAAAAGUUCAUUGAAGGAAGAUGAGAUAGUUAGUGUUGGCAAGGAGACAAAGGAUGGAACUGCUAGUGUUGGCAAGGAGACGAGGGAUGGAACUGCUAGUGUUGGCAAGGAGACGAAGGAUGAGCCCCUGCUAGAGGGAGAGGUGGAGAUAUGGGUGCCCAGCAAAAAGCAUCAGGCCAAGGUCAAGGCUGAAGAGAAAAAGACCAAGGACAGGAAGUCGAAAGGAUCCGAAUUUGCGAAGUUUGAGAAGAUGUCAACUCCACCUGCUGCCUUUGUGAAGAAAGCCGUUGCCAAGGUGAUGAAGACACCGGUUAAAAAGACCGGCGACGCCCUACAGGCCACACCCGAGAUGACAGCCAGUGAGAAGAAAGUCAAGUUUAACAUGAAGAAGAAUACCGCCCAGAAGUUCGAGGACAGUAUAACGGUCAGUCCAAUGCCAGCCUUCAACCCUAAGAUGACCCCGACGCAGGGCAUCCUCAAGUCUCCCGCGUCCUCUGAUAUGGCUUCAGCACAGAAGUCCGGCAAGAAGAAGAAGAAGAAGAAGUCGAUGGGUGGUAACGCUGACAAAAACACUCCAGUGACACGCACGACUGAAAAAACUCCUGGUUCAAACAAGAAGACACUCACACGAUCUCGGGCAGCAGAUUUCUUCUGAGUUGUGUCACCAUGAAUGUUGUACUGAUAUUCAAUAGCAACACAAGAGGCCUAUGCGCUAUACGCCAAGGAUGCCGACAAUAUCGACUCCACACCAGCCUCCGUAACACCGAGGUCUGCUGCAACUACAACUACAAGUGUCCUGGUUGCCAAGGUUGUUGUUAUGGUAACAGGUGUGAUUGUCCUGGAAGCAGGAGUGUCCUGUUAUACUUUGUGACCACUCACUCACUCACUCACUCACUCAUGUAACAGAUCGUGUACAGUGGUACUAUAGACGGGAACAGGGAUACACUGAGUUAACGCAAGUUCACUGGCAGCUGUCUAUAGCUG